GCCAGCUUGAACCUGGCGAGGUUCGAUCGUUGUCCGCCGACGAAAGGACUUCGCGAUGAAGUAAAUAGACAUAAAACAAAAUGAAUACUACUGAGAAGAAGCUGGCGGACUUGAUACGCGAACACCCGAAUCUGUACGACCAAUCGCGGCGGGACUACAAAGACAACCUCAAGGGGCAUCUCUCGUGGAGAGACAUCGCAGACAGCAUGGGAAAGUCGGAGGAGGAGGUGAAGCUGAAAUGGAAAAAUCUACGCGACAAGUUCUGCAAGGCGAAGAAGCGACUCGCCAAGAGAACCCUGCCUCUGCUGACCGACGACGAGAACCCGGUGGAGAGGCCCGUCCCGGUGCUGUACAACCAGCUGGCCUGGCUCAGCGCCUACGUCAAGCCCAAAGUAGAGACGGGCAUGGGAGAAGCCGACGAGGUAGCUGGAAGUGGUGAUGACGUGGAAAAAGAGCAAGAUAAAGACGAUAAGGAGCAGCAUUGUUCCCUGCCUGUCAUUACUACUAGCUUUUCUCUUGUGGAGUCCUGUCCAAACAACCAUCAGGAGAUGGGAGUCUCUCUUAAACGUAAAAGGCAAACAGCCACAGAAACUGAGAUAAGCUCUGCAGAUGCCCUCACCAACCUCAGAGAUGAAGAUGAACUGUUUCUGCUCAGCCUCCUGCCUUCACUGAAGAGGCUUACCAUUAAAAAAAGAAUGGAGGUACGGAUGAAAUUCCAGCAAGUGCUUUAUGCUGCAGAGUUUGAGGGUUAAAGGGCUCAUUAUGAGGCAAUAAUGGCAUUGAUGGUAGAGCUUGAUUCUUCAAGCAUUCAACCUGUAAAUAUUAUUUUUUUUACCAUCACAACUUUUUAAUAUUUAUUUUUGGACCACCACUGCUAUUAAUAGUGUCACUAUGUAGAUCUCUAUAAUUCAGUGUUGUAUCAAAAGCUUUAUUUCUUGGUUUGAAAACAGAAAAGCAUUAUAUUUUGAAUGUAGGUGAUGAAACCCCCUUCUGUUACUAGUUAUACAAUAAGAGUCAACAUAGAGUUGUUAGUUAAUGAGGUACACAUUUGCAGUAAAUGUGAUUCAACCAAAUAUACCAGCCCCCAAAUAACUCCCUCCUUUUCGCAGCUCAUAAUGUUUGCUCAAGUGAUAAAUAUUUUGUCCACAACCAUUUAUAUAAUAAGGGCUUGAAUUGGGCAAAAUAUGUGUGCAAGUAUACUGUAGACUACCUGUUAACCUAGUUAGUCGGAGUGAUGACAUAUCUGAAAAUGAAUUUGGUUGAUAAACCUUUUUAUUGAAAAAUAUCUUUUACAUUUAAAGACGGCACACACAAAUGCCACAAAUUACUACAUGUAAACCCUUUGAACGGUACCCACAGACAUUACCAUAUAUAUAUAUAUAUAUAUAUAUAU